AAACUUGUUCUUCCAACGUUACUUAAUGCUUUAGAUGAACAUUCCUGGCGAACGAAGACAGCUUCGGUUGAACUUCUCGGAGCUAUGGCAAUUUGAACACCCCAACAAUUGUCAUCAUGUUUAACUACAUAGGUCCAAAACUAAUCGAAGUACUUGGUGACUCGCAUACUGAAGUGCAGGAAGCUGGUGCUGACGCACUCAAAGUAAUAGGAUCCGUAAUAAAAAAUCCCGAAAUUCAAGCUAUCGUUCCUAUAUUAUUAACAGCUUUAGAAGAUCCAUCAAAAAAUACUUCAAAUAGUUUGCACAGUUUACUUCAAACAAAAUUUGUACAUUUUAUAGAUGCAUCAUCUUUGGCCCUAAUAAUGCCUGCGGUUGAGAGAGCAUUCAUGGAUAGAUCUACCGAGAUUCGAAAAAUGGCAGCUCAAAUCAUAGGUAAUAUGUACUCUCUUACCGAUCAAAAGGAUUUAGUGCCAUAUUUGCCUAAUAUAAUUCCUGGUCUAAAGAUGUCUCUUCUUGACCCCGUGCCGGAGGUUAGAGCCAUCUCUGCGAGAGCAUUAGGAGCUAUGGUUCGUGGAAUAGGUGAAUCUUCAUUUGAAGAUCUACCACCAUGGUUGAUGCAAACCUUGACAUCAGAAUCUAGUAGUGUCGACCGCAGUGGAGCUGCUCACGGUCUUGCCGAACUUGUUGGCGGUUUAGGAGUGCAAAAAUUGCAUCAAUUAAUGCCAGAUAUUAUCACAACUGCGGAAAGAACAGGUAUUGCCCCACAUGUGAAAGAUGGAUACAUAAUGAUGUUUAUAUAUAUGCCAGGGCCUUUCCCUAAGGAUUUUACUCCUUAUAUUGGCCAAAUAAUUAAUCCUAUAUUAAAAGCAUUGGCUGAUGAGAAUGAGUAUGUUCGGGACACGGCAUUAAAAGUUGGGCAACGCAUAGUGAAUUUGUACGCCGAAUCAGCAGUGAUGCUUCUUCUUCCUGAACUAGAAAAGGGUUUAUUUGAUGAUAACUGGAGAAUACGGUUUAGUUCUGUUCAAUUAUUAGGAGAUUUGCUAUACAGAAUAUCGGGCGUAUCUGGAAAAAUGACUACAGAAACGGCAAGUGAAGAUGAUAAUUUUGGAACCGAACAGUCACAUACUGCCAUAAUAAGAUUUUUAGGCGAAGAAAGGCGAAAUAGAGUCCUUUCAGGCCUUUAUAUGGGCCGGAGUGAUGUAUCACUGCUGGUGCGACAAGCGUCACUGCAUGUUUGA